AUGGCGGAUGCGGCGUUCAAGCCCGAGCGGGACUACUCCAAGGAGGCCGACACCCAGAUUCCCGAGGCCGAGCGGCUUGCAAAGACAGAUAUCCAUGCCGCCAUCGAGAAGCUCUCUCUCCUGGAGAAGCAGACCCGCCAGGCCUCCGACCUCGCCUCAACAUCACGAAUCCUCGUCGCCAUCGUCACCAUCUGCAAAAAUGCUGGCGAUUGGAGCCUCCUCAGCGACCAGACCUUGGUGCUCUCCAAGAAGCAUAGCCAGCUUAAGCAGGCCAUCACCAAGAUGGUUCAGACAGUCGUCGGCUUCCUGGACCAAACACCGAGCAUGGAAACCAAGUUGUCCGUGAUCGAGACCCUACGCACAGUCACUGAGGGCAAGAUCUUUGUCGAGGUCGAGCGGGCUCGCGUUACCAAGAUCCUUUCCGACAUCAAGAAGAAGCAGGGCGACCUCAAGGGGGCGGCCGACACACUAUGUGAACUCCAGGUCGAGACCUUUGGCUCAAUGGACCGCCGCGAGAAAACCGAGUUUAUUUUGGCGCAAGUGGCACUCUGCAUCGAGAACAAGGACUGGACACAGGCUGGCAUCCUGAGCCGCAAGAUCAGCACCCGGUACCUAGCCCGGAAACCCAAGAAGACGCCAGAGCAGCUCGAAAAGGAAAAGAAGGAGCGCGAGAAGAAAGGCAAGACCGAGGAGGAGCCCGAAAAGGAGGAGGAUGUCACAGACCUCAAGUUGCGCUACUACAGGCAACAGAUCCAGCUGUCUCAGCAGGAGGGCAAGUACCUCGACGUGUGCAAGCACUACAGACAAGUAUUGGACACCGAGUCGGUGGAGGAGGACCCUGUUAAGCUUCGUUUCAGAAUCAUCUACUUCAUUAUUCUAGCGCCCCACGAUAACGAGCAACACGACCUGCUUCACAGGGUUCACAAGGACACGCGGAAUUCCACCGUCCCUGAGGAUGCGGAGCUCUUGAAACUAUUCACCGUCCACGAGCUCAUGCGAUGGCCCGAAGUCGCCCGCGUGUUCGGCCCGCAUCUGACCGACACCGACGUCUUCGACGAAGACGCCGACGAUUCGGACGACCCGAAUGCCCACGAGCGGUGGAAGGACCUGCGCAAGCGCGUCAUCGAGCACAACGUGCGCGUUAUCGCCAAGUAUUACACCCGCAUCCAGAUGGGCCGCCUCACCCAGUUGCUCGACCUGACCGAGGACGAGACCGAGAAGUACAUCAGCGAGCUGGUGACGGCCAAGACGGUCUACGCCAAGAUCGAUCGUCCCGCCCGCAUCGUCAGCUUUGCCAAGCCGCGCGACGCCGACGACAUCCUCAACGAGUGGAGCUUCAACAUGAAGAGCCUGCUGGGCCUGCUCGAGAGGAUCGAUCAUCUCAUCACCAAGGAGGAGAUGAUGGCGAGGAUCCAGCCAGGUGUCAAGACGAAGAAGGGCAAGGAAUCCAAGCGAGCGCGUUAA